UCUGUCCAACAACUUGCCUGAGCGAAAACACCAGAGCGAGCCGUCAGGCGCAGUCAGUGAAGUGAAGCGGUGCUGAAACUCGGCUGCACUCGUCCCGUGUUUCUUCUGUGAACCCAAAGGCAUACAUCCCCGAACAGCGCACUCUGUAGUGGACGUAACGGAGCACCAUGGACCCACGCAAAGUGGCUGAGUUGAAGACGUUCGUGCAGUUGUGCGAGUCCAACCCCGCGAUCCUGCACCUUCCAGAGAUGAGUUUCUUCCGGAGCUGGCUGCAGAGCAUGGGGGCAGCAAUCCCUUCUCCUCCCAAGACGAAGGAUUCAUGUCAGGGUGGCUGUCCCUGUGGUCCUGCUCCGACAGCAGCUCCACCACCUGAGCCCCAGUCUCAGCCUGAGCCUGAGCCUCGUGCACCAUCUGAGAGUGAGGAGAGUGAAAUAGAAAUCGACCAAGAGGGAGUGAUUGAGCCAGACGCAGUUGAUCCAGAGGAGAUGGAAGAGGUUGAAGAUAUUGAGGUCACAGAGGAGAUGAUGGACCAGGCCAGUGAGAAGAAGGUAGAAGCCAUUAAUGCACUGGGAGAAGGUGAUCUGCAGAAAGCUGUGGAUCUUUUCACUGAAGCCAUCAAGCUGAACCCAUGCUUAGCCAUCUUGUACGCCAAGAGAGCAAGUGUCUUCAUCAAGAUGCAGAAACCGAAUGCAGCCAUAAGGGACUGUAACAAAGCCAUCAGCAUCAACCCAGACUCGGCACAGCCUUACAAGUGGAGGGGGAAAGCUCACAGGCUGCUGGGCCACUGGGAAAAGGCAGCCAAGGACUUGGCUACAGCCUGUAAACUGGACUAUGAUGAAGACGCCAGUGCACUGCUAAAGGAGGUCCAACCGAAGGCAAACAAGAUCAUCGAGCAUAGACGCAAGUACGAGCGCAAGAGAGAAGAGAAGGAGAUUAAGCAGAAACAGGAUCGGAUAAAAAAAGCAAGAGAAGAACACGCUCGUGCUCAGAAGGAAGAGGAAGCACGACAGACUAGAGGAGGAGGAGGAGGAGGAGGAGGAGGAGGAGGAUUCUUUCCAGGUGGUGCUGGAUUCCCAGGUGGAGCUCCUCCUGGCAUGGGAGGUCUUGGUGAUCUCCUGAAGGACCCUGAGCUGCUUAGUGCCAUGCAGGACCCAGAGGUGAUGGCUGCCUUCCAGGAUGUGUCGCAGAACCCAGCAAACAUCUCCAAGUACCAGAACAACCCCAAAAUCAUGGCACUCAUCACCAAGCUGAGUGCUAAAUUUGGAGCUUCACCACAGCCUUAAUUGGCAACGGUAAAGAUCCGAGUGGAUAGUGGAUACGAGGUGAAACAACAUGGAGAGCUUUUCAACAAUUAUUUCACUGUGUGCAGAUCAAACAUGGGAGCGGGUGACCGAUUAAUUGGAGUGAGUUACUGAAAGCGGGGGUCGUUUAGCACUUAGCGAUGUCUCAAUAAAGCAACCCGAUGGUUAGGAGGUCAGGUGUGAUACUUAGAUAAACUCUGAUGCAUCUCAGCUGGGACUUCUCUUAACCACAGCAGGUCAAUAUUUCGUAACCUGUACCUGGAAAAGCUAAACUGUGAGUGCCUGCUUUAAGACACUAGUUCAUUUUUACAGGCAUUUAAUACACAUUUUGGGUUAUCUAUUGGUUAGUUUCUUUUCUCUGAGCAGUGUCGACCUCUCACACAUUACUGUCGGCACGUUUGUGAACAGUUCUUUCCUUGUUAAUGCAAAAAAAUUCUGACCCUAAUGGGGAAUAACGAUCACAAUAAUAAAACCUCUGUUACUGCAAACUUGA